AUGGGUACCCCGAUAGUUGCGCGGAAAAGGCUUUUACGCUUUCUGGUCGCUAUCUGUUUGGUCAGCGCCUUCUCCUUCGUCCUUUGGCCGCAUGUCGAACAACCUAGUGUCACGACGACGACGAUCUCUGGCAACGUGACGGUCACGUCCGACGUCCAGUGUGAUCCCGAUACCGAUGUCCUCAACCGCCUCAAUAUCCGCAAGUUGAGCCAGUACGUGCGCCGCGAUGUGAUUGCCGUGCCGUCCGCCGCCAACGACCCCUUGCCCAUCAAGCACCUCCUCAACUACCCCCUGUUCGAACCCUCCUUGCCGUCCGUCGACGCCCAGGGCAAUCCGCUGGAAGAACCCGCCCAGAAGGACUGUAAGAUGGACGACCCCAUCACCGUCCAGGUGCCCCGUCCGCCCCGCAAUGUCGACGCAUCCCACAUCGACUUCGGUGUCGCCACCACCCUUUCGCGUCUCAACGAUUCCGUCGAGCAGUUUGCCCACUGGGCCGGUUACACCCGCACCCGCAUCUUCGCCUUGAUUGAGCCCGAUGCGCGCGCCGCGGAGGUGCAGGCCAAGGCUGACCUCCUGGGUAUCAACCUCUACAUCACCGAGUCCGACGAGGAGUACCAGCGCCGCUAUUUCUCGCUGGUCGCCCACCUGGCCCAGAAUGUGCGGUCGCAGACCCGCUGGUCCUGUAUCAUCGAUGACGACACUUUCUUCAUGUCCAUGUCCACCCUGGUCAAGGCCCUGUCCGAGUACGACGACACGAAGAAUUACUACGUCGGCGGCCUGUCGGAGAGCAUCCCGCAGAUCGGCGUCUUCGGCCUGAUGGGCUUUGGCGGCGCUGGUGUCUUCCUGUCCCGGCCCCUGCUCCUGGAGCUUAGCGAUCCCGAUGUCUUUGAGGCCUGCCAGAACAUGGAUUUCACGGGCGACCGACGCAUCUCCAUCUGUGUCUACCAGAACACCGAGACGCAUUUGACCAUCAACCACGGCCUGCACCAGCUCGACGUGACCGGCGACGUGUCCGGCUUCUUCGAGUCGGGUCGCCAGCCGCCGCUGUCGGUCCACCACUGGAAGUCGUGGUUCCACACCGACAUGGGCAAGCUGAGCGUGGUGCGCGACAUCUGCGGCGACUCCUGCCUGCUGCGCCAGUGGCAGUUCGAGGACGGCUGGAUCCUGACCAACGGGUACUCGAUCAUCAAAUACAGCCUGCCCGUGGAUCCGUUCGAGAAGACCAUGGAAUUGACCUGGGACGGUGAGAACGGCGCCGUGUACGAGUCGUACCUGCACGAGUUUGGCCCGAUGCGUCCCAAGGACGAGCAGAAAUACAGCUAUCUCCUGGAAGAUGCUGUCCUGGAGGGUAACCAGGUGCGCCAGUGGUACGUCCACCGCGAUGAGGCCAACGGCGACCAGGUGUUCGAGUUGACCUGGCGUGCCGGGUAA